CCGGAACCUGGCCCUGAUUCCGCCAAUUGGCCAACCUUGACAUCGUCCAAGUUGGCUUCGCUUCUAGCGCCAGCCCAAACAAUCGCGACCCCAGCACUAUCACCUCGCAAUCCCUUUGAUUCACAAUUUUCGUCCAGGUUGCUCCUGGGUCAUCCUUCCAUAGCUUUUUUGCUGGUCAAUCCUAGACCCAAGGCAGCCUCUUUUCAACCUAGCCUCCCGCAAUCUCUCACUUUCCAUCACAUCAAACCACCGAUUUUCCUUGCACUCACACCUCCUGCCCUCACCACCUUUCCUCAUCCCAUUCACAUCUUUAUCCUCCCGAUACCUGCCGCGAGCCUUCUUGUGGGCCAACAUCCGACGCACUGGUGCCGAUCACGUCAGAGCUUGGACCCUCUGCACAGCACACCAACGGGCCCCAGGGCACUUGAACAGACAGCGUCGAACAUGAAAAAGAGAGCCCUGCGGCAUACGCGACAUCCAACAUCUGUGGACCGGGCUGAUUAACUACAAAUACACGCUCUAAAGGGCCUCUGCGCCUAUGGAGCGACCGCCUCCGCCGCCGCCUCAUGGGACGCAUCCAGGCGGCGGGAGGACGGGUGGGAGGACAGGUGGUCUUCCUGAUGGCAGAUAUGACAUAUUUGUUGUUCCACCACACUCCUCCGGCUCUGGCUUCCUCUACCUGCCAUCACUACAGACCCAACGCAACUCUUUCCUGGCCGGCUGCUUCUGCACCGCCGCUUCCUUCUUUGUCUACACCACCGCCGUCCCUGUCGUCAAAGAAUGGCUGAUCAGCACGGUCAAUGGCGGAGGUGCAGGUGUCUUUAUGCUCAUUUGCUUCGUCGCCGUCGGCGCCUGGGCUUUUGGCAAGACUCAGAGCGAGUGGUCCCACAAUGAUUCGGAUUCUGGCUUUAGGGCAGGUCAAGGCCCUGGAGGCCAAUCCGGUCCACGUCCAUCGGGCUAUGCCAACACCGGUCACACUUCUGGUCACACCGCAGGCCCCCCUCCGCCAAACCACGAGAGCAGCGCCCCUCCACCAAACCCAGGAACAUCGGCACCUCCUCCACAGCCGUCCUGGCAAAGAUCACCCCCGCAGGCCAACACCAAAGCCAACACCACAAAUCAGAAAUCCAGCUGGGACAAGGCUCGAGAAGAGACCCGAAAGAGAGAAGAAGAACGCAAGCGAGCCGAAGAGUUGAAGAAACGCAAAGAAGAAUUGGACAAAGAGCGACAGAAGCAAAGAGAAAAGGACGCCCUUGAACGCUUCGAACGAGAACGGAGGGAGAAAAAGGAGAAAGAAGACAAGGCCAAUAUGACGGCUAAGUUGGAGAAGGAGAAGUUGCGACAGGCAGCUGAACUAGCACGCGCAAAGGCAGAGGCCGAUGCCGCAGCCCGCGAGAGGACAGAAGGCCCGACGCCCCGGCGACCGCCCAUGCCCAGCGCAGCCACUGAACGAGAGGAUGAUGCCUACUCAUUUCGACCGUAUGAUCGACCGAGACGUGCUCACAAGGCCAACUCGGCGGCUUCAAUGUAUUCCGAGUCAACAUAUGCGCCUUCAGUCAGCACGGCCCGGACAACUCCUCCCCCAACUGCACGUGGGCCUUAUUCGACCACGGACCCUGACAAGAUCAUCAUCAAGGGCGUGUUCUCCUUUAACAAUGCAUUUACACGCACACCAAUCUCCCAGUUGGUGUCCAACCAGGGCCAGGUUAGCGAUGGUCUAAUCCUGCGCAUCACCACCGAAGGUCUGUUCAUCGACGACGACGUUCGUGGGGUUCCACAGCGAGAAUGGGAUGUCAAGGCAUGGACAAUGAAGUCGGCAGAGAGCUGCGAGAUUGGCGGCAUGCACAUCCUUCGAGCCAGCAUCCGAGACCUGGAAGGCCGGAAAUUUGUCUUUAUUCUGUCACAGAGUGAAGGGUGGAAGGUGGCCGUGGGCCUGCAGCGACUGAGACGAGGCAAACAAGUCCAGGCUUUUGGUGUCGCUGGGCUCCCGCAAAACGAAGCCAAGGCCAUUCUUCACAACCUCGGAUUUGGAUAGAGAGAUGCGAACACACUGCGGAUAAUGGUUGUGGAACCGCAACGGCAUUGCACAGUCGUGGAGCGAUGCACAGUCGUGGAGCGAGAUGUUUGAUUUGAGCGAUUGAGAAUUGACAAGUCAGUUAGCGAAGCAUCAGCGAAGGAGUUGUCGUGUGGGUCUUGUACAUUGAUUCGCAGUCUCAGAUGGCACACACGCCAGCAGCGCAGUACGAUGCUGCCAUUGGAGUUGAUCAUGAAAGAAUGAUUGAGUCAGUAAUGAGCCAGUCGCGAAUACCCUCAACGUGAUUGUGGACGCAAUGGGGAGGAGCGUUCAAGAACUUUUAAGAGGGGCAGCCUUAGAACGACCGCCUAGAAGCCAAUUACUAAGAAACUCA